AUGGAUUUGGCAAAAGUCUCUUCCUUUCUCAUUGUGAUUCUGUUUCUCAUCAAUGUCGCUUCCUCCACCACUUUCACCGUCGUUAACCAGUGUAACUACACCGUUUGGCCAGGACUUCUCUCCGGCGCCGGAACCACUCCUUUACCCACCACCGGUUUCUCUCUAGCCUCGUCCGAGUCACGACUCAUCUCAAUACCAGCCUCCUGGUCCGGCCGCAUUUGGGCUCGAACGCUCUGUAACCAAAACUCCACCACCGGAAAAUUCAAAUGCGUCACCGGAGACUGCGGUUCGUCCCAAAUCGAAUGUUCCGGCGCCGGAGCUAACCCUCCGGCUACUUUAGCCGAAUUCACACUCAACGGAGCCGGAGAUCUCGAUUUUUACGACGUUAGCCUCGUCGACGGUUACAACAUCCCGAUGACAAUUGUCCCUAACGGCGGAGUAACCGGAGACGGUAACUGCAAAGCCGCAGGUUGCGCGGUGGAACUAAACGGCGUUUGUCCGAGUCAGCUAAAAGUAACGGUUGAAGCGGACGGUGGAGUCGCUGUUGCGUGUAAGAGCGCUUGCGAAGCGUUUGGAACGCCGGAAUAUUGCUGUAGCGGCGCGUUUGGAACGCCGGACACGUGUAAGCCGAGUGAGUACUCUGGUUUCUUCAAAGAAGCUUGUCCAACGUCUUAUAGUUAUGCUUAUGACGACGGAACAAGCACUUUUACUUGCUCCGGCGCCGAUUACGUCAUCACUUUCUGUCCUCCUCCUUCUCCAAGGGGUGCAGCUCCGUAUUCCCAACUGGAGGGGUUUAGCAUUGCCGCCGCAGCUUCUCUGGCCGCGUCACCUACAUUCUCAGUUGCGUUUUCAUUAGGCAUUUUAGCUGUUGCGGUUUUUUAG